AGACUGACAACGAGGAAACGAAACGGCUUCAAUCAAAAUGUCUGGCGUAGUGUGUUUGUCAACAUUCUAUUGAUUUUUCCUGUUAUAUUAAAAAAAUCAAGUUAAGUAAUCAACACAACAUAAAAAUCAAUCGAAAACAGUUAUUUAAUAAGCAAACCACUUCCGCAUUACCUAUUUAGUGUAAUCACACGUCAACAAACCUGAAAAAUACAACUUUCACAAACGUACGAUAACUGCGACAUAAAAAUAAUCAUUAUUUCACUAUUUUAAGGAUAUUUCUUAUGUUUAAUACGUAGGAAAGUGUGUGAACAGUUCAUUACCUAGUAAAGUGUUAAAAUAUUCAGUGUAAUACGCAUGGAAUUACUGCAUUCAACCAUAUGAUAGUGGAGGCAGAAAAAUCGAUAUUUCUGCAGUAUCUCCGUUGCUAGGCUGUAGCUUAGUAUAUGCAGUGCAACAUACACGCGUGACGACUUAAUUCCUCCCUAAUAUGACGUAAGUAACAAAGUUUUUGUUACAAACCAUCUAAAAACAUGAUGGAAGGAAUAAUAUCCUACAGAGUGACACCACUACUGAAAUGCAUAGUGUUGUUCCUGUUUAUUUUUACGGCAAAGGUACUCACUUCUCGGCCUCAAGAAUCUCAGGAUAUAAGGAAUGGCAUUCAUCACCUAAAGCCAGCUCACUAUGUGAGAACCUUUACUAAAUAUCAUCAUAGGAGAACCAUUCAAUGGAAUAGCCAGCAAGAUUUGAAUAACGAAUGGCCAGUUGUAAAUGAUCAACCAAGAGUUAUUGGGAAGAGGAGUGCUGAUGCCCCAAACUAUGUAGAAGUGAGAGAUGUAUCAAAAGUAUACCAACAUGCUAAAUUAUUGAAGAAACGGAGCAUACCAGAUGAUGGUUUUGUGCAAAAAGUUUCUAACACCCCUGUGAGGCGUAAAUACUGGCCAGCAAGACAUAUGAGGAUUGAAAAGAGAAGUUUAGAUGUUCCAAAUUCAAAUGAGUUUGUGGGGUCUUCGCAGGAGAUGCAUAGACUUGACCAUUUCACUUCGGACACUGUAAGGGACAACAUAGUUGGGUCUUUUGAAAAGAAAGCUAUUAGUUCAGGCAGAGAUAAAGGAAAGAAUGGCUUGUCCAAUGAUGUUAAGAUGUAUAAAGUGAAAGCGGCUGUAAUACCAACUGAAAGAACGACAACUAAAGGUCCCACAAUAUCGUGUUUGUACAAAAUUCACGAUAGUGUGGCUAUGAGUGUCACUCCUUCAUAUGCUGAUGAGAGAAAUGCUCAGUUGAUGGUGGAGAAUGAUAGUUUUGAAACGGGUCCGAUAUCAGAGACAACCCUGCCCAAUGGAGAGGUGGCACAGGUGGAACAGUGUACAGACACUAAGGCUUCGUGUUAUACUCUAUGGCAUCAGGACAAGGACGCCAACAUCACUGUGUUGGGACAAGGCUGCUGGCGAUCCUCGCAGACGGAGGGGCGGAGCUCCUGCGACAAGUGCACCAGGGUCUCCGCCCCGAGACUGCCGGGCACCAAGUUCUGUUGCUGCACCAACACUUACUGUAACGCUGACUUCUUAACUCUCAAAGAAGAAACAGUAACGAUGAAAGCUGAAUCGACGAUGGACAGCGGUGCCCAAAGCAUGGUGGCUGCGUCCAACAUACUCGCGUCAUCAGUACUGGCGCUGGUAGCUGUACUGGUACUAGCGCUGCUUCUCACCAAGUUCUACUGCCGCGCUAGUAGACCGCAUGCUGAUACCGACACGCUCAAUGUGGAGAAAGGAGACGUGAUGGGCAGUGGUCCUGAUGCGUUGGCGACCGGACUCUCUUGUGUCGAUAACUUGACGCUGAUCGAACAUAUUGGUCAAGGCAAGUUCGGGUCAGUCUGGCGUGGCAGUCUGGGUUCGGUUCCCGUUGCAGUCAAGUUGUACUCUAACACGAGUACGUGGCAGAGAGAGGCAGCGAUAUACGCGUUGCCGCAUCUCGCUCAUCCUAAUAUACUGAGAUAUUAUGGUAGCGACAGUCGCGCGACCCUGACAGGUGGGGGCGGUCGGUCCGAGCUGGUGGUACUGGAGCUAUGUGCCUGCCCGCUCCGCUCGCGCCUCACGGCCGCGCCGCUCAGCUGGAGGGAGUUCGCGCAUCUCGCGCAUGGACUAGCGGCCGCGCUAGCGCAUCUACAUACGCCUACUGGCAGCAAGCCGUGCGUAGUCCACCGCGACGUGAACAGUAGCAACGUGUUAGUAACGGCGGCCGGGGACGCAAGACUGGCAGACCUCGGCCUGGCGCAACUCUUACACGCCGCAAGGGAUCGAUCCGCGCCCACCAGGAUUACUGAGGCGGGCACGCUCCGCUACCUGUCCCCGGAAGCCCUGGAGGGCGCGCUGGACCUGUGCGGGGCGCGCGCCGCGCUGUGCGCCGUGGACGUGUUCGCGCUGGGGCUCGUGCUGUGGGAGAUGCUGUGGCGGACCCGCGGGGCGCACGCCGGGGCCGUGCCGCCCUACGCGCUGCCAUACCACCACCACGGCCUGCCGCAGCGACCCACGCUCGCGCAGAUGCAGAGCUUAGUAUCCCGCAACAAGGCGCGGCCCCCUCUACCAAAGGGGCCCGUACAACAAUCCCGGGCGUUGAAGAUCGCUGCCGACACCUGUGACGAAUGCUGGGAUCAUGAUGCGGAGGCUAGAUUGACGGCGGUGUGCGUGGAGGAAAGGAUGGCGGAACUAAAGCAGAUGCUACACGCGCAGGGCCCGCUCAUACAUGACAACAAUCUACAUCCACAUCCACCUGCGGACUCCAACGUGCCGUCGCCACCAGAAAUGGAUAAAAACUCGAACUGUACAUCCACUCAAAAUAUAGACGUUCACACACCUCUGCUGUACCCCCAACCGCAUAUAGGCCGCAACGCGUGCAUAGAACGCAACACACACACGAACACACAGUCCACUACUGUCGAACUUAUACACAAGUCUCUCAAAGACAUUACAGCACCUAUAGAGACUCUGAGAGUCCCCAAUAUAGAGGAGAAUUGUCUCUCAAUGGCUAGAGUCUCAAGCCACCCAAGAAUCUCCCUCCUAGAAAACUCAGCCCUCUCAGAAGUAAGGUCCUACCAAAGACCUCUGGAUUACGUGCAAAAUGACGUCACAAUCAACGAAGACAGAGGUCCCAAACAAACUAACCUACUCCAAGACGUUAAGGUCGAAAAACCCAAGUGGGGUAUAAAGAAAUUCUUCGAAAAACUCAAUAGAAAUAAGAUGGAAACUGAAGUGAAGUUAGCGGAGAAUUCGCAAAGGACUUUGACCUCUAUUGUCGAUAAGCCGUCUAACAAUGAUAUUAGACCAUCGAAUCUCUCUAUCACUCAAGAUCGGAGCCCGUAUAACUUCGAAGGACCUUGUACCUUAUCCCCUCCUAAUAGGACUCUUUCUCCAACUAUGAUGAUGGAUUCGGAUAACAAAGUCUUUGGCUUUAAAGAGCUUCCGAACAGGGAUACCGAAGCAAGAACUCCGAAUCAAAUCUUCGCCGUUAUAGUACCGAAAGCGAAACCUCCAGAUUUCAUAGAAAUGAAGAACAAAGGUAGCUCUGAAAGUCUGAAACGUUCAGUAAAAACCUCAUUAUCAUCACAGAGUAUUUUAAAAUCCAAUUCUGAGUCAGAAGACUCGACUGUCAAGAAGAGAUUGAGUUGCGAGAAUAAGAUAGGGAGUGGAAGUUCUUCAAGAGCGUCUAUAAACUUGGAACUUCAAUACAUAGACACUCAAGACUCCUUUAACGGCCCCAUAAGUCCUUUCGACAUAAACUCAGACUGUUCUAGCAGUGAAGACGAACACCUAAUGCUUCUAUCAGAAAAUGGGGGCUCAAAAAUCACAAUGCAGACGAUACCGAAACAAGAAUUAAAGAAGAAUGAUGUACUAAAAGAAUCUAGUCAAGUAACUGAUUUCACGUUUAAUAAAUUCCAAAAUAAAUAUACUAAUUUCGAUAAUGAAUAUAGUGAUCCGAAUGAUAAAGAAAAUGCGGUAAACGGCUUCAGUGGCGACAAUCCGGUGUACUUCGCAGCUUUGAAUGGCGAAAUAGAUUCUUCUGAGUUGAAAUUCCAAGGCAAUAGGUCUCCGAAACCGACUUUAAAGAACUUGGCGAUUAAGCGGCAGCAUUCUCUAGAACAGGUAAGUGAGAUCUUCUCUUCUGCGGGGGAUGUGAAUCUUCUGAAUCCUGCUGGGAGGGUGAAAACUCCUGGGGAUUUGCCGGUAGCUGUUAGGAAAGCGAGAAGAGAUAGAGCCUUGCAGAAGGGGAGAGCGAGUGAGUGUAAUAGAUUGAGUUUGUACGAUGAUCGAAUGAUGUUCGGUAAUAGUUUGUAGUCCAGUCUUUACUAGGUUUAUGUAUAAAUUUAUUGCAAGUAUAAGGCUUAGUGCAUACCAGCGGCGCGGUGGAAAUACUGGGAAAAUAAACCUUAAUUACUAAGGAAUACGGUUAAAGGUUACGCACGCAUCGCACGCAUCGUAUGACGUCAUCAGUACGCAUCGCAUGUAGGCAUUGCCGAUGAUGCGGUCCGUACGAUGCGGAUCAGUGGACGCAGUUGUAUGAGUUUCUAUACAAGACAAACUAAAAUCCGUUGCGUGCGAUACGUACGAUGCGGGCCUGUGGACGCGUAACUUAAAAACGGUAUGCUAAAGAAGCUUGACGCUAAAAGGAUCGAUCAUAUUGCUUGGUUUGCCAUUUUCAUCCGUAUGCUAUAGAAAUUAAGGUUCAUUUUAAUUUGAUUUAUUCUCAGUAUCUUCGCAGCGUGUCUGCUAGUGUGUGCUAAGCCAAAAUGUUCCAUAUUCUCCUCCGAUUUGAGUUGAAAACUGAUUGUUGAUAGUCAUUGAACAGAUGUGUCAUUUCCGUAAAGCAUUUAUUUAUGUGUAAUAGAUGUAAGUUAUAAACAAACAUACAAACAGAUUCGUUAUAAUAAUAUAUUAAUUUAGUAAAACAACUUAAAAUACUGUUACCUCACAUUGGAAUUAAGAUAUAUAAAGAAAUUAUAUUGAAAUGGUCUAAGGGAUUUUGUUGGUUUAAAUUUUAUUACUUGAAGUCUUGGCUGGUUCCUGUGUUGAUCACAGUAAUAGUAAAAAUAUCAGUUUUGAAAUUGUCAAAGAUAAGUCAUUUAAAAAAAGUAUUUCCUUAAGUCUUUGACUGCCAAUAGAAAACUGUUGAAGGCAAAUCCUCCGGUGAAUCCCGUGUUGUUUAAAGUGUUAAGAAAGUAAAUGUAAAGGAACGUACACUAGUGCCUACCCCCUGUUGAAGAAUAUUUCAAAUGAAAUUACUAAAUAUUGAGUAAAAAAUUUAAACCAACAAUUUCUCAACACCCUGUAUAUUAAAAAGUAACAUUUGCGCUUUCCUUUCUAUAAUAAUAAUAAAACAAUCGAAUAAAAUUUUCAAAUCGAUUUUGACUUCGAACGAACAAUAAUAAAAUUUUAAUAAAUUUGCAUUUUCAAAGCAUUUUAAUGUCUUAAUAUUUGAGAGUUUUUGCUAAAAUCUACAUGUUUGCAUGCUAAUUAUACUUAUUCUUAUAACUUUACCCACGUUGCUGAAAUGAGAGGUUAUCGGUUUUGCGUACCUAGAAAACUGUAAGGGCCUAAGGUGUUAUGUACCAGUGGACUGCCUUAAUUUGUCUUUUUUAUUGUUGACUACUACUGCCUCGUUGGUCGAGUGGUCGCAAGUGCGACUAUCGGAUAAGGGCUGUCGGGUUUGAUUACCAGUUCGGGCAAGGUAUUACUGGGCUUUUUUUGGUUUGUCGACAAUUUCUCAGUAGUUGCAUGGAGUCUGGAAUUGUGUCCAGUAUAUGGCAAUAGGCUCAUCUCCUAUUGCAUGGGACUUAUAACACAAAUGAUGAAAAGUGGGUGUACAUUAUAUAGCGGCAUUACGUGUCGUAAUGUGCACCCCUGCCUAUCCCUUCGGCGAUAAAAAGGCGUGUCGACGUUGUUGUUGACCAAUAAACCAAUAAAUUUGUCAAUUCAUUCAAGUUUUUUUUUCUAAAAGAGUAAUUAAACUAUUAACUGAAAAUCUACCCCAGCGCCACCUAUGUAUCGCAAAACCGAUACCCCUCUCAUUUUGGUUGAUUCUCAUAAUCUCUGUAUAUUAUAAAUGCAUUUUGAAAAUAAGAUAAUUAUUAUAUUUAAGCGUACCAUUUCAAUGCAGUUACUUAUAAGUUAUUAUGUUUAUUUUGACAAUUUAUUCAUAAACUAUCGUUAAACCUAUCAUAGUUAUAGAAUGCUUUGUCUGUUAACAAAUAAAAACUAAAAAGUUUCAUCUUUGGAUAUAACAGACACAAUGAUAUGACAUACUGGAUCGGAUUUUCGAUAACAUGAAAUGUUUAAUUUUGGUUUUGUUUAAUGCAUGUCAUUGUAGGCUCUACUUACGGCUACACUAUACAAUAUUAAAAUAUAUACGUUUUUAAACUGACACUGACACACAGUUAUUAGAACUUGAGACGGGAUAUUUACCAUGUUUAUUUAUGUCUAUGUCUGAUGAACUGAGUUCAUCCGUGAUCAUGGCGCUUGCAACAGUGCCGUAAUAUCGGAAACUCAACGACAUAAAUAAACAUGGUAAAUAUCCCGUCUUAAGUUCUAAUAAUAAUGUUAAAAUAUGUUCAAAACUAUCAUGUAUUUCUGUGUAUGCUUUGUUGAUUUCCCUUAAAUAAAUAAAUAAAUGUAAACAAAGUAUCGAAAAUUCGUAACACUUUCUGAAGCAUUUGAAUAAAAAAUAUAUCUAUAACUAUGAUGGGUUUUAGUUUAUGAAUAACUUUAUUGUAUGUUUUAUAUGAUUUUGUGCGUAGUUUUAAGUUCCUAUUGAUAAACAAACGAAUAGCCAUGUUUUUUAUUUGUUUUUUUUAUUUUGUUAAGUUUUUACUGGGAAUUCUUGUGUAUACUUUGUUUUUGGGUAGGUAACUGAUAUCAAUAGUAUUUAAUUUAAUAAGCGAUUGCCGUGCAAGGUGUCUUGGGUUCGAUUCUCUGAUCGGGAAAAGUACUAUAUAGGAUUUCUGGACCUACCUACCGACCCUUUUUUGGUUUAAUCCUUUUCUGCCGGAUAGUAGAUGCACGCGAGAAACAAUGUGUUUUCUAUUGUGUCUUAUAUACAUGUAAUGUUUAUUUAUAUUAUUCUCAGUGUACCUAAAUAAAAAUACAGUAAAAUUAUAUUUUAUAAUAGAGCAGUUUUCCUUCGAAAAACAAAGUAGACUCACUUCCUAGCCCAUUACACUGAGUAACGUUUUGUUUUGUUAUAAAAUAACACUUUUUUAAGUUUAUACAUUACAAUAAUGUUAAUGUGGCCGUUUUCAACCAACCUCCUAAAUUUUAGGGAUCCCCCUAAGCUAAGAUAGGUGACAUAUAAUGAUUUGUUAUUUACCAAAUUAUAAGUGACACCUAACAGUACAAGAAAGGGGUUACUUUAAGUGCAAAGUUACGCUAAGUAACGUUUCGUUAAGAGAUAGUUUAUGAUGCUUAUCCACCAGAAAUAUGCCAUGUAGCUAUGCUGCAAAGAUGUAAUAGCUAAGCUGUGAAACUAUGUGACCGUUUCUACUGAUACUAAGCUAUGUAGCUGUGCGAGGAAGAUGUGCUAUGAAGAAUUACCACCAUUCAUAGCACGCAUCUUUCCACAUAAAAAACCUAGUUUAGCUAAGUUCGUUUCCACCAUUGCUAAGCUGUAUGUACCAAUGAAUAUGAUUGGUGGAAGCCAAACGCAUCCAUAGCAACCUAACAUAUCACAUCUCUGGUAGAAAAGCAUCCUUAGGGAUGGUUGGUGAAAACGGCGAUAAGUUUUUCAAUGUCUUUCUCCAAUUAGCUUUAAAUGAGUUUUUUGUAAAUAUUUCCUCCUUGUGUCGUGAAUCUGAUAUUAUUGUACUAAGUAUUAAUUAAUAUUGAAUUUUUAUAUUUGUGGCGGUUUUUGCUAUUAAGUCGGCUCUAGUUUUUAUCAGUCAAAGUGUUAACAUAAAAAUAUUUGGUGAAAAAAAACCACGUUGCCUCACAAUAGGAUUUUCUCCAGUGUCAUGGGUGCAUCUAAAAAUGGAUGUGGUAAAGAAAAUUGAAGGCGGUUUCCUUUAAAAAAAACGAGAUUUGUGAAAACACUUUGACUGGUUAUUUACUAGAAAUUCAAGUUAAUCGAAGCAUCACUGAUAUAUCUUGACUUUUAUGAAUUUAUUUGAUUACCAAGUAAGCACGAUGAUUUUAAUAUAUUUGCAAAGGAAAAUAGAGUGAUAUAAAAAGUUAAUUCAGCGAGUGAGCCUACUAGCACCAAGCUUCACUGUCGGACAGACUGACUGAUAAAUAAUUCAGUUUGAGAAUACUGAGCAAAAAAAUCCCGGGUUAUAUUCUCAGAUCAAGUAAACUUGUCACAAUAUUAGUAAAAAAUGCCCAUUUUGAAAAUGAAAUUCCUGAUGUGCAAUGUUCCGCGAUGCUUCUCGUGAAUAACGUGGCUUGAAAGCAGUCGAGUUCCUUCGUCAAAUACUUACGUGAGUAAACCGUUGCAUAUAUAUGAAGACAAGUCAAGAUAUAUCAGUAUAUGUAAACAUAUUCAUUCCAUAUAUUUGCAAGAUAUAUACAUGUACUUAUAUACAGAUAAAUAUAAUACCGAUGUAUGUAUGUAUACGUGCAAUCAUGUUCAAAACUGUUUUAAAUUAUCGUGAUUUUAUUCUAGAUUGAUAUUUAAUGUUUGGAAAAAGUUCUUGGUGGUAUUUUUAAGGAGACUUUUUGAUUCUCGACUAUGGCCUUUUAAUCAUCAUACUGUUUAUAUGUAUUUCCGAAUCAAUAAGGUAUAAAGAGUGUCCUUUUUUAUGGUAUAAGCCAGUAAACGAGCAGACGGAUCAUCUGAUGGUAAGCUAUCGCCGCCGCCCAUAGAACACCCGAAACACCAGAGGCAUUGCAAGUGCGUUGCCGGCCUUUUGAGGGUUAGGAAUUUAAGGGUUGUUGGAGAAUCGGGGAUUGACGGUGUCCAUGGGCGGCGGUGAUUGCUUACCAGCAAGUGAUCUGUCUGCUCAUUUACUGGCUUAUAACAUAAAAAACUCGAUUAAAUGUAAAACAUGUCAUAGUCGGAAACCAAAAAGAAAGUUUCGAAAUCACGAUAAAAUAUGAAAAUAAUAGAAAAACGAACUUUAAACAUGUUGAUAUAAGAAAUAAAUUUAAAUGAAAUGUAUCUUUAAAUUAUCCAUGGAAGGCUACACACGCGUGUUGAUUACAAAACUUAUUUAAAGAGUAAAAAAUACUCCUGGGAGUAUCCAAAGACUAUAGUAAUCCUUAUAGUCAUAUAUAUAAAUAGGAAGGAAGUAAUUUAUUGGUGUGCUAGACUUCAUCAAAAUUAGCUCAGCAAUUUAGGAGACAAUAUAUAACAAAUAACUAAACGUUUUUGAGAAAGUACCUACUCCCGAGCGGUUUCACCCGCUACUUUUCUCCUAUUGCUCAUAGCGUGAUGUUACAUACAUAGUUAUAGCCUUCCUCGAUAAAUGCACUAUCCAACACAAAAAUAAUUAUCUAAAUCGGACCAGUAGUUCCGGAGAUUAGCGUGUUCAAACAAACAAGCUCUUCAGUUUUAUAUAUUAAAAAAUAAAAAAUAUAUUAAAUUCUUGUUUUGUAUCAACACGCGUGUGGUAGUCACCGAUAAACAUUGUAUAUGUAUGUAUACCAUAGGAUUACAUAGAGCGAGUAACUAUUAUAGAUUGUUGCAAGGUACGUGGCAAAAUAUGGCGGAAUUAUUCAUUUGAAUAACAAUCUUUGUAAAUGACAGAGAUAGCACGAUAUUUAAGUACAACUUAAACUUGAGUAGCGUUUCAGUAUUCGGGCUUAACACACCCUCUCACACACAAGGGACAAGUCAUAUUCCUCAUUAAAAAAAUAGUCGUUUUGUUUUAAAAGCGUAAUCCUGUAAUCUUGCUAUAAUGUAUCCAUGACGUAUUAAUUUAGUAUGUCCAACGAUAAUUAAGUUUAUGUUACGUCAUACAUAUGACGUCAUCAACUGAAUGAUUCCGCCAUGUUAAGCUGCGCGUGAGUGUACAAAGGUAGAGCAGCUUUCACAUAGCUUUGUUGAUAUUAUUGUAAUUGACCACAUCGCGUCGGACACUGAAUAUAUCUAAUAUGUUUUUAUA